ACGACUUGACGUAACGACGCGAUUCGCACGCGAUUUAAAACUCUCCGACGCGACACGAAUCGAGCGACUUAAAACGCCUGCGCAUACGGCUGCCGAAGCGCCGGAUUUUCGUUACUCCUUUUUUUUCGAGUUGGUUUUCCUCUGUGUGAAAAAAAGGGUUUAAACUUUUGAGAAAAUAAACGACUUUUGGAAUUUUUUGUGACCCUAAAAACAAUACGUGAUUCGAGUGAAAAGUUAUUCAAAAUCAGCAAAAGUUUUGCAGUGAAAAAUUCAAGUGAAAAGUGAUUAAAGGCCACAGAUUAAAACCAGGCUAGAGAUCCCUCACGGUAGCCAGUAUGACCCACCUUUUGGCCCUGAUCUGUAGCCUGGUGCUCUUGGCCAGCGUUCGGGCCAUUCCCAACGAUGAUUUCUGCUACGACAAGGCCGGUGGUAAGCCACGUGUCUGUGUUCCGGAUUUUGUAAAUGCCGCCUACGAUGCCCCGGUUAUGGCCAGCAGUACUUGCGGAUCGAAAGGACCUCAGAGAUAUUGUGAAUUUCAGGAGCGAGAAAGGGACAUGGCCUGUCACACCUGUGACCUAUCCAAUCCCCUAAAGAGCUUCCCAUCCCGGGCACUCACGGAUCUAAAUAACUCCAACAAUGUCACCUGCUGGCGCUCUGCUCCCGUUUCGGGCGGCAAUGCCAUUGGGGGUAGUGGUAAUGGUGACAAUGUCACCUUAACCCUCUCCCUGGGCAAGAAGUUCGAGCUGACCUAUGUGACCCUACAGCUCUGUCCGCAUGCUCCACGACCCGACUCCAUGGUGAUCUACAAGAGUUCCGACUACGGUCUCAAUUGGCAGCCAUUUCAGUUCUAUAGCUCCCAGUGUCGUCGAUACUUUGGUCGUCCUGCCCGGCAGACUGUCAGCAGGCACAAUGAACACGAGGCUCGUUGCACGGAUCUCACGAGGCUAGCCGGAGGAGUGCCCUCGAGGAUUGCCUUUAGCACCCUGGACGGGCGACCCUCGGCUCGUGAUCUUGACUCCUCGCCGGUGUUGCAGGACUUUGUAACGGCCACCGACAUAAGGAUUGUAUUCCAUCGUCUCCACUUGCCGCUGGCCGAGAUGGGAGCCGGUUCGGCGGCUGAACUCCUCACCGGAGGGAAGUACAGUUUGCCUUUGGUCCAUGGACCGGCGAGUAACAAUAACAUUGAGCUGAAUCCAGGAGCGGAUGCUGUGGAGGCAUCUACAACAGCUGUGGGCCCCGGCGGGGGACUCCACUACGCCGUGUCAGACUUUACGGUGGGCGGACGUUGCAAGUGCAACGGCCACGCCUCCAAAUGCUCACCGGAUGCCAAUGGACAGCUGAGCUGCGAAUGCAGCCACAAUACGGCGGGCAGGGAUUGCGAGAGAUGCAAGUUAUUCCACUUUGAUCGACCCUGGGCCAGGGCCACGGCAAAGGAAACCAAUCAGUGCAAAGAAUGCAACUGCAACAAACAUGCCCGCCAGUGCCGCUUCAACAUGGAAAUCUUCCGGCUCUCGCAGGGCGUCUCCGGCGGAGUCUGUCAGAAUUGCCGCCACUCGACCACGGGUCGCAAUUGUCACCAGUGCAAGGAGGGUUUCUACAGGGAUCCCACCAAGCCCCUAACCCAUCGCAAGGUCUGCAAGGCCUGCGAGUGCCAUCCGAUCGGAUCAUCUGGCAAGAUCUGCAAUAGCACCAGCGGUCAAUGUCCCUGCAAGGACGGCGUCACCGGACUGACAUGCAACCGCUGUGCCCGUGGCUACCAACAGAGUCGCUCCCACAUUGCCCCCUGCAUCAAACAACCGCCGCGCAUGAUCAACAUGCUGGAUACCCAGAACACUGCACCGGAGCCGGAUGAGCAUGAGUCUCCGGCUACCGGUGGCGGAGUCAGUGCCUCCGGAAUGGCCGCCCAAUCGCAGUAUUAUCGCACCGAGGGCGGCAGGGAAUGCGGCAAAUGCAAAGUAAGCACCAAAAGGUUAAACCUAAACAAGUUUUGCAAAAGAGACUACGCAAUAAUGGCCAAAGUAAUUGGUCGCGAUACGAGCAGCGAGGCAGCCAGCAGGGAGGCCCAUCGUCGCGCAAUGGAUCCCGACGUGGCAAUGGACUACGAAAUGGAUCAGGAGCAGCCGGGGCUCGUCCAGAGUCCGGCGGAGUACGAGUUCCAAUCGACAGAUCCCAGUUAUCCCAGCAGCGGCAACGAAAUGGCUCGCUACGAUCUGCAGAUUCAGGCCGUCUUCAAGAGAAGCAGGCCAGGAAGCAGCAGCAGCGGAAGCGGAGCGGCGGGGAGCGGAAUCAGGAGCGGAAUCGUGAGCAGGAGCAGCGUAUAUGGAAUGCCGAAUACAAUGCUAAAACGCGGUCCUAUGACCUGGAUCAUACCGACUAAGGACCUAGAGUGCCGCUGCCCCAAGAUCAGAGUUAACAGAUCCUAUUUGAUCCUGGGACGUGAUUCGGAGGCGCCACCGGGUUACCUGGGCAUUGGGCCGCAUUCAAUAGUUAUCGAAUGGAAGGAGGAUUGGUAUCGGCGAAUGAAGCGCCUUCAGCGUAGGGCACGCACUUGUGCGUAAUCCCCUAGAGAAUUAAUCAACACAGACUAGACUCUAGGCCUAAGGAUUUAAUGGAGGAUUGUAGUGGGCGCAGGGCACAGUGGGCCAUAUCAUUAAUUUAAUUGUCGUUUAUUUUUUUUUUGUACUCGCCCUUUGAACUAACCGAUUUUGUAGCAGCCUAAGAUCAAACUAGUGGUAUUUAAUUUAUUUAAUUAACUUUAAUUGUUACAGAAUCAAUCGAAGCAAUCACUCACACAAACACACGAAAGUAUCUAUAUAUGUAAUCUAUGUAAUAUCGAUAUAUAUAAAUAUACGAAUUGUAUUAUUCGCUAAGAUUAAGACUCCCGUCAGCCCAGUUUAAGAAAGAAACUUAACGAAGACUAAGCAAGUAAAUAAGAUGCAUAAAGCCAGGCAAAUCAGAGAGCUCUAUCUCUAGUGACAGCGUUACGCUUCUUAUUCAUCUGCAUUGUCUUUGAACUUAUGUACUAGAACCAGCCUCGAGCAAUAAUUUAAUUUUAAGAGAAAAACACACUUAAAGCAUGCAUCACUCGCAAAAAUCGUAAUAAAUAGAUA